AUGAACUCUCUUCUAUGGAUGCCUGUAGAAGCAGUGGAGCUAGAGACUCAAAGGGGAACACAGAGCACCCCGGGGACCAGAGCCACGCCAGAGACCAACCCGCACGACAGAGGAGACAGAGCAUCUGAAUCAGAUGAGUAUGAUGCAACCACACAGACACCAAUCCAUGACGUGCUAAACUCUGAGCCAGCACUCUCAGCUGAGCUCAAACACAUAAACAUUCCGUACCAAGUGGUGUAUGGACGAACACGGGGUAAAAGAGCUAUACACAAAAUGUGGCGGUGGCGUGCUAGCAUGGACAUACCCGAUAGCAUGCAAAACAGAAGCAAAACAUACGGGGUAAUGGUCGUGUCACGAGAGUAUGUGCGAACCCAAUUGUGUGGAGUGAGGAAAGGCAGUGAGGAACAAGCAUGGGGGCAGGACGCCUGUCAAAUCACUCUGAAGGUGAAAGGGAAACUUGAGAUUAUCGUCAGGUUAGCAACUCAUUUCAGUCCAGGUAAGACUUAUUAUGCUGUCGUGCGCCUGCGUGGGAAUGGUGAGAGCAAAGAGGUCCAAGCAUCACUGACACUAGACAGAGAGGAAACACCCGAUCCAGGAGUUUUACAUGCAGCACCACUUAAAAGCGAAAUGAUUAAUGGGAAAAUAAGACUACACAUUCCGCCACAGACAGUAUCAAACAGUCUAUAUAGGCGAGAUGUGCGGGUGCUGGAAGUUGAGGAAGUUGAGACCGAAAUGACAACAAAUGUACUUUGCGGUUGGACCCAUCAGUAUAGUGACAAUGUGACGGUGUGGGGUGGAGCUGAGUGUGGGUUAACAGUAUUCGAAGAGGCAGGCCAAUGGUUAGCUGAGCUCGAUGAAAACAAGUUUAAUCCAAACGAAACCUACAUCCUCGAACUUACGAGUACAGCUAGUGGGGGAAGAGCAGCAAAACGUGCACAUCCGUGGCGAGUUCCUAUCAGGGGGCAGGUAGAAAGGGUUGAGCCGACCACCACAACGGCAGGUCAGGAAGUGUCUACCACCCUAGAACCGACAAAAGUUCCCCAUUCGACUACACCAACACUGACCGAAGGUUCCCAUUCAACGACUCCGGCUCCGGUAGAGAAUCGCCAUUCAAAUACAGUAAUUCCAACAGAAGUUCGCCGCUCGGCCGCGCGAAAAUCCGAGAACUGUAAAUUCAGUCGCACCAACUCCGGUAGGAAAUCACAACCCAGUCAUAGUAACUACAACAGAGGCUAA